GUGAGCUAGAAAUUCAUGCUAACCUUAAAGUGUCUUAAUAAUGUUGUCCCGAUGUAUGUCCAAUGUUUCUCUGCAUACAUAAUCCUAAUGUAUUAUUACGUAGGGCCGAUGUUUGAUUGCCCUGCAUAUAGAAUGUCAUCCAUGAUCACGUGUGUCCAAUGUUUGGUUUCCCUGCACGUGCAACGUCGUGCAUCCAUCACGUAUUGACGUGGCGUUGGUCCUUUAAGGGAGUGUGACGUCAGAGAUGAUCUACAGGGAGAGUCAAAUCAUCGUCACGAGGGACACGUCUGUUCGAUGCCUGCUUGAAUAUGUUCCACGGUGUUCCAAGGAAGCCCGGAUCCAUUGGCGGGGAACUAGAAAAGCCACGUGCGCACUGGAUGAAGGAUGCAUGAAGACGACGCGGAGGUGAUGACCGCUCAACCCGGGACCGGCUGCGUCAUGGCCGGAUGUAGCAGCGGCAGCAGCGGCAGCGGCAGCGGCAGCGGCGUCCUCCCGCCCCCUGCUCACCCCGCGCCAGUGAAGUUGAGGAAGAACGCGGUGACGGACGACUAUGACGUCACCUCGGAGGUGCUCGGAUUGGGAACCAACGGCAAAGUGCUGGAAUGUUUCUGCAAGCGGACCGGAGAGAAAUGUGCUAUAAAGAUAUUGAACGACACACCCAAAGCUCGGCGGGAGGUGGAUCUGCACUGGAGAGCUUCUGGGGGUCCACAUGUGGUCCGCAUCCUCAGCCUGUACGAGAACAUGCGCCAAGGGAAGAAAUGUCUGCUCAUCGUCAUGGAGUGCAUGGAGGGAGGCGAGCUGUUCUCUUGCAUCCAGGCCAGAGGGGACCAGGCCUUCACUGAGAGAGAGGCGUCCGAGAUCAUGCGUGACAUCGGCUCAGCCAUCCAGUACCUCCAUCUUAUGGACAUCGCCCACAGGGACGUCAAGCCUGAAAACCUGCUGUACAGCACCAAGGACAGCAACGCUGCUCUCAAACUGACCGACUUUGGCUUCGCAAAGGAGACCACGCCCCACAACGCCCUACAAACGCCCUGUUACACGCCAUACUAUGUUGCUCCUGAAGUGCUGAGCUCGGAGAAAUACGACAAGUCAUGUGACAUGUGGUCCCUGGGCGUCAUCAUGUACAUCCUGCUGUGCGGAUUCCCUCCCUUCUCCUCCAGCUCCGGCCAGGCCAUCUCUCCCGGGAUGAAGCAGCGCAUCCGACUGGGACAGUACCAGUUCCCGGAACCCGAGUGGUCGGACGUUUCCGAGGAAGCCAAGCAGCUGAUAGUGCAGCUGCUGAAGACGGAGCCGAGCGAAAGGAUGAGCGUGGGCCAGUUCAUGAGCCAUCCGUGGAUCAGCCAGUCCGCGGACGUCCCCCCCACCCCCCUCCACACCUCGCGUGUUCUGAGCCAGGACAGAGAACUGUGGGACGACGUGAAGGGGGAAAUGACCAACGUCUUGGCCACCAUGCGUGUGGACCACAAGCAGAAAAAGAUGAUGAUUAAAGAUCUGGACACGUCCAACAACCCCCUGCUCAACAAAAGACGCAAGAGGACGUGAGGAGACCAAGGUCCCGACGGUAGAACACAAUGAUCAGAAUCCUGGCCAGAAUGCACCACUUCCUGGUCCACUCACGUUGACAUCGUACGCAGACACGAGACCACAACAAGUCUACUCACGAGUAGCAGCGCUAGUCUGGCUCUAUUUCUAUUCAUGUCCAUUCAUUGUCUUAGGAAAACACAAGGGAACACUAUUUAGCAUGUCUUCUGUUAGCAUACUACAACAUCAAGUAGGAAAAUACACAGUCAACUUGUCAAGGGAACACUAUUUAGCGUGUCUUCUGUUAGCAUACUACAACAUCAAGUAGGAAAAUACACAGUCAACUUGUCAAGGGAACACUAUUUAGCGUGUCUUCUGUUAGCAUACUACAACAUCAAGUAGGAAAAUACACAGUCAACUUGUCAAGGGAACACUAUUUAGCGUGUCUUCUGUUAGCAUACUACAACAUCAAGUAGGAAAAUACACAGUCAACUUGUCAAGGGAACACUAUUUAGCGUGUCUUCUGUUAGCAUACUACAACAUCAAGUAGGAAAAUACACAGUCAACUUGUCAAGGGAACACUAUUUAGCGUGUCUUCUGUUAGCAUACUACAACAUCAAGUAGGAAAAUACACAGUCAACUUGUCAAGGGAACACUAUUUAGCGUGUCUUCUGUUAGCAUACUACAACAUCAAGUAGGAAAAUACACAGUCAACUUGUCAAGGGAACACUAUUUAGCGUGUCUUCUGUUAGCAUACUACAACAUCAAGUAGGAAAAUACACAGUCAACUUGUCAAGGGAACACUAUUUAGCGUGUCUUCUGUUAGCAUACUACAACAUCAAGUAGGAAAAUACACAGUCAACUUGUCAAGGGAACACUAUUUAGCGUGUCUUCUGUUAGCAUACUACAACAUCAAGUAGGAAAAUACACAGUCAACUUGUCAAGGGAACACUAUUUAGCGUGUCUUCUGUUAGCAUACUACAACAUCAAGUAGGAAAAUACACAGUCAACUUGUCAAGGGAACACUAUUUAGCGUGUCUUCUGUUAGCAUACUACAACAUCAAGUAGGAAAAUACACAGUCAACUUGUCAAGGGAACACUAUUUAGCGUGUCUUCUGUUAGCAUACUACAACAUCAAGUAGGAAAAUACACAGUCAACUUGUCAAGGGAACACUAUUUAGCGUGUCUUCUGUUAGCAUACUACAACAUCAAGUAGGAAAAUACACAGUCAACUUGUCAAGGGAACACUAUUUAGCGUGUCUUCUGUUAGCAUACUAAAACAAGUAUCAAGUAUCUACUGUAUGAAAUAUGAUAUGAGUGUAGCAGUGCAGGUAUUGUUUUUAUUGUCAUAUCCAGUGCUACCUUGGCAUAAGAGUGGCCCAACUAACCAGUGCUUUUCACAUUUUUACAUCUCUGAUGAUUUUGGCAUUGAACUGCCAGCUAAAUUGGAGUUCCAGCUGCUAUUGACGGGCUGUCAAUGUGAUGACCGUGGCUGAAGUCCAGUGUUUUGCUAGCGUUAGCAAACAUUAGCACUCAAAGUCAUCAACUUUAUGCAUUCCCACAUAUGUAGUAUCAGCAUUCGGGAGCAAGUAUGAGGUGAAAGAAAAAGAUGUCAAAUCCAUCCAUACCUUUGCAUCGGAGAACGGUGCGUCAGUGCGUUCAAUGUCAAACAAGUAGGGUAAAUCGCAUUAAACAUUCAAAAACUGGAAAUAGUAUUGUAAUAAAAUAUUUACUGUAAUAUAAUGAUGAAUUUCUAUGUAUUUCAAUGAAAGAGAAAUGAAAUGAUAUUAGGUUUGCAAUUUGGAUGAAAUGCUUUAUGACUAUUGCCCUGUUUUAGGUAUUUGAGGUAUUUAGGUAUUUUUUAGGUGCAUUGAGGCAAAUCCUUCAUAAUAAUAAUAAUUACAUGUGUGUGUGUGUGGUGCAGGAACAUUUCUGAACGUUCCUAAAUAGGCUUUUUACUAACACACAUUUACAAUUUAAAACCAGUAUCAUAAAUAAACUAACUAUUAUUUGGAGCUGACACAAAUAAACAAGAUCAUGUUUGUGUGAGAGGUCUCACUCGCUCACAUUUAGGAUUUGCUGAACGUUUGUGGGCCAGUUUAAGAGCUAAUAAUAAAGAAAAAUAGUAAUCCAAAAAUAUGCUUGCUGACUGUAUUGUUUAAAAUAAUAGCCCAUAGUUCCCAAAUUGACAUAAAAUGUUAUGUAUUUAUCGUUGUAGUUGUACAUCCAAUAAUUUACCACAAAGAUAUUCUCCCUACUUAUUAGAGAUAAAAAACUUAUUUCCAUCUGUGAUUAAACGUGAUUAAUUGUGAGUUAACUAUGGACAAAAUUAAAAUUAAAAAUGAAUCAAACUCAUUUUCAUCAUAUUUUCAUAUUUUAAUCGAUUGACAGCCCUACUUUUUACUUUAUUAUACAUCUUUAUUCUUCCAUCUUUACAAUUAUUUUCUCGUAAAUUUAGGACAAU